AUGUAUGCAACUGCCGGCAUUGGUGCUUUGGGACUUGGGUUGCUGCUACGCCGUGGUGACAAGGAAGAUACUGACGUGAAGGACAUGGAGGCACUCUCUAAAGUUCCCUUACGCCGCCUCGUUUCCGGCUGGAUAAGUUUUGCAUUUUGUGCUUCGCCCACUUGGGUCGAGGCCAGUGAGACGAUGUACAACAUUGUCUCCAGAGUUCCUAUCAUCUCUUCGAUUGCGAAUUCCUUUAUCAUCCACACCUUCUUCAGCCAAUUUCUUGGUGGGCAGACAACUCAAGAGUGCAUCCCAAAGGUCAGACAGCUGCGUGAUGCGCAGCUCGGUACCUUACUUGGUUACAACAUCGAAGCGACGCUCGAUGGGUCUAGCAAGGAUCCUAAUCUUAUUCUCAAGCAGACACAGUCAGUCUUAGAGUCUAUUGAUGUUCAAGCGAAGCUAGCCAAGGAGUUUACGGGUGAUGCUGCCUCAGAUCCCGAGGUUGACAACAAAUGCUGGGUUCGCCUUAAAAUUACUGGACUCCUCAACGAUCCAUCUGCUCUCGAGGCAGGCUCACGCGCGAUAUUAAAGGCUCGCGCCGCCCAGGGUCUCGAUAAAGAUGUUCCACUGCCUGGUCUUCCUCACGAUGGUGACUGGGAGGCUGCUCUAGAUGGCGACGGCGUCACACCCUAUCACCGCGAUCAGCUUGUUCGUCUCCGCGCUACUAUGGAAGGUAUUAUCAGCAAGGCACGUGAUAACAAUAUUCGUGUUGUUAUCGAUGCAGAACAGUCUUGGUACCAGCCAGUUCUUGAUGCUCUCACCGAUGAGUUUAUGCAGAAAUAUAAUAAACUGGGGGGUCCGGCGACCUGCAUUGCCUCUUUCCAGGCUUACCUCCGACGUCACCCGCAGCUACUCGAACAACAGAUAAAGCGUGCUGAAGAGAAAGGCUACAAAUUACUUUACAAGCAGGUCCGCGGAGCCUAUAUUGUUUCCGAGGCUGCAUGGUGGAAACAGAAAUCUGGUGAAGAAGGCUCUGUGGUUUGGCCAACCAAGGAAGACACUGAUGCCAGCUACAACAGCACCAUGGAAAGGGCCAUCUCCCUCAUCACUGAUCAGGUCCGGUCGAAUGGGUCGGCUCGUUUUGGUGCCGUGUUUGCUACUCACAACGCCCACAGCAUCGACAAGGGCAUUCAGCUCCUGGAUAAAACUGGCUUUCUGUCGCCUGAUCCCAAGUCAAGGUUGCUUUUGCUCGACAAAAAUGUUGCCAACAGCGUUACUUUCGCUCAGCUCUUUGGUAUGAAGGAUGAUCUCACUAAUCGGAUCACGGGAACUGUAGCCGCCUCCAAUGGUUUGCCCCUGGUUGUGAAGUCUAUGAGUUACGGAGAGUUGUCUGAGUGUAUUCCCUUCCUUUCUCGACGAGCAAAUGAAAAUAAAGCCAUUCUAUCAGGUCGUGGUGGCGCACUUUCUGAGAGAAAGCGCCUUGGCCGCGAAAUCCAACGCCGCCUUUCACCAUUUGGUGCUCGGGUACAGAAGUCUUGA